AUGAUUUUAAAAUCUGCUAAAGAAAACGAAACUCUUCCAACUAAAACACUAUCUAAUAUAACAAGACUGUUAAAAAGUAAGAUCCCUCUCAAUAAUCAAAAUCCUUAAACAUCUUUGCUUGAUGAUUAUAAAUUAGAAGCCUAAAUUGGACAAGGAUAAUUUGCUCAAGUUCGAAUUUGUCGAUCUAAAGAGAAUGGACAACGCUUUGCUAUGAAAAUAUAUUAAAAAUGUAAGUUAGAUCAGAAAACCUUAAAUGGAAUUCAUCGAGAGAUUUCAAUUCUAAAGUAGUUGGAACAUCAGAAUAUCGUUAAAUUACAUAAUUCUUUAGAAGAUGAAAAAUGUGUAUUAAAUUAUUAUAUUUAGAUUUACCUUCUACUUAAUUAUGCUUCUUCCGUAUCACUAGCCGAAUUUACUAAAGAUAGAUAAUUAUCAGAUCAACAGAUUAAAAUUAUAUUCAAAUAAUUGAUGAUGGCUGUUCAAUACUUACAUACAAAAAGUANCAUCUGUUGUUGUAUUAAUUGUAGUAGAAUUAAUCGAUUUUAUUGA